GUCUUCUACAACUUAUGCCAAAAAACGACGACGUUUUAGAUAUAGAUGACACACCAUUGAACUUUGAUCCUUUGAAUCUUCAUCUUCUCUCUUUUCUCAGUCUCUCGUCCUCUGGUAAACCAUGCUCAGAACAACGGCUUCCCCAAUUUUCUCGUCCUUUACAGCUAAACCCAGAACCUCGAGGUUAAUUUUCAAAGCUUUCAACGUCCUUCUCGAAGAUACCCCACCAAGUGCUCGACGAAAUGCGUCAACGAAUCUAACAACCUUACACCAAGGCCCUCCAACCUCAGCCUACGUCCACCUCCCCUUCUGCCGCAAACGCUGCCACUACUGCGACUUCCCCAUCAUUGCUCUAGGCUCCUCCUCUGCUUCAAACACUCUCCACGAGGAAAAAAGACAAGAAGAAGACGACGACCCACGUAUCAGAAACUACGUGAACUUGCUCGUCAGAGAGAUAAACGCGACAAGAACAGGUUUCGACGCGAACCCGAAUCUAAAGACAGUGUUUUUCGGGGGAGGCACGCCUUCUCUCGUCCCUCCGAAGCUUGUCUCUUUGGUCCUCGAAACGCUGAGUUCGAGUUUCGGGCUGUGUCCUGAUGCUGAGAUAUCGAUGGAGAUGGAUCCAGGAACGUUUGGCGGUGAGAAACUAAAGGAGUUGAUGGAUUUGGGAGUGAACAGAGUGUCUUUAGGAGUUCAAGCGUUUCAAGAUGAGCUUUUGAGAGCUUGUGGUAGAGCUCACGGUGUCUCUGAAGUGUACGAGGCGAUAGAGAUUGUUAAGUCAUGUGGAGUUGGGAAUUGGAGUAUGGAUCUUAUAUCUUCUCUGCCUCACCAGACGUUGGAGAUGUGGGAAGAGAGUUUGAGAUUAGCUAUUGAGUCUCAGCCAAGUCAUGUCUCUGUGUAUGAUCUGCAAGUGGAACAAGGCACCAAGUUUGGAAACGUGUACACUCCAGGCCAGUCUCCUCUUCCUUCAGAAACACAAUCAGCAGAGUUUUAUAAAACAGCAUCAUCGAUGCUCCGUGGUGCAGGUUAUGAUCAUUAUGAAGUCAGCAGUUACUCAAAAGACGGGUUCAAGUGCAAACACAACUUGAUAUACUGGAAGAACAAGCCCUUCUAUGCUUUCGGUUUGGGUUCAGCUAGUUACGUUGGAGGGCUGAGGUUUUCAAGGCCAAGGAGGCUUAAGGAAUACACAAACUACGUCGCUGACUUGGAGAAUGGUGCAGCCAACUGGUGUGGAGACGGUAGUGUUGAUCUCAAGGAUGUUGCCACAGAUAUUAUAAUGCUGUCUUUCAGAACAUCUAAAGGGCUCGAACUCAAGGAGUUUGGAGAGGCUUUUGGGAGAAAGGUAGUGAAGUCGAUCUGUAAAGUGUAUGAGCCUUAUGUGGAGAGUGGGCAUAUUGUUUGUUUGGAUGGUAUGAGAAGAGAAGUAGUGAGUGAUGAAUUCAAAAAGUUAGUUGGAAAUGAUGAAGUGAAGAUUGAAGACCAUGUGAGAUACCUUACGUUGAGAGAUCCAGAUGGUUUCCUCCUCUCUAAUGAGUUGAUAUCUUUAGCGUUUGGUGUCAUAUUUCCUUGAGUUGAUAACAUUGAAAGGUUGUUUUGUACAACCCUUAGUAACACAGAUUGUGUGUGAAACUGGAUAUUGUCAUUCAUAGU